CUCCGCCGCCGCGCUCCCCCGGCCCCUCCGGCCCCGCUCCGCCCGCCGCGCUCCUCCAUGUACGACAACUUGUACCUGCAUGGGUUUGAGGACUCGGAGGCGGGCUCAGCAGAUUCGUACACGAGCAGACCCUCGGACUCUGAUGUCUCUCUGGAAGAGGACAGGGAAGCAAUCCGCCAGGAAAGGGAGCAGCAGGCAGCCAUCCAGCUUGAGAGGGCCAAGUCCAAACCAGUAGCAUUCGCUGUGAAGACCAACGUGAGUUACUGUGGAGCUCUGGAUGAAGAUGUCCCUGUGCCAAGCACUGCCAUCUCCUUUGAUGCCAAGGACUUCCUGCACAUCAAAGAGAAAUACAACAACGACUGGUGGAUAGGGCGGCUGGUGAAGGAGGGCUGCGAGAUCGGCUUCAUCCCCAGCCCGCUGCGCCUGGAGAACAUCCGCAUCCAGCAGGAGCAGAAGAGGGGCCGUUUCCAUGGAGGGAAAUCCAGUGGGAAUUCUUCUUCAAGCCUUGGAGAAAUGGUUUCUGGCACAUUUCGGGCCACACCUACUGCCACAGCAAAACAGAAACAAAAAGUGACAGAGCAUAUUCCCCCCUACGAUGUAGUGCCAUCGAUGAGACCUGUUGUCUUGGUGGGUCCAUCACUCAAAGGCUAUGAGGUGACAGACAUGAUGCAGAAAGCUCUCUUUGACUUCCUGAAGCACAGGUUUGAUGGCAGGAUAUCCAUAACCAGGGUGACAGCCGACAUCUCCCUGGCCAAGAGGUCUGUGCUCAACAACCCCAGCAAGAGGGCCAUCAUCGAGCGCUCCAACACCAGGUCCAGCCUGGCUGAAGUGCAGAGUGAGAUUGAAAGGAUCUUUGAGCUGGCAAGGUCCUUACAGCUGGUUGUCCUGGAUGCAGACACUAUAAAUCACCCUGCCCAGCUUAUCAAGACAUCUUUAGCCCCAAUUAUUGUCCAUGUGAAAGUGUCCUCUCCAAAGGUUUUGCAGCGGCUGAUCAAGUCCCGGGGGAAGUCACAAAGCAAACACUUGAAUGUGCAGUUGGUGGCAGCUGAUAAACUGGCACAGUGCCCCCCAGACAUGUUUGACGUGAUCCUGGACGAGAACCAGCUGGAGGACGCCUGCGAGCACCUGGCCGAGUACCUGGAGGCGUAUUGGCGAGCCACCCACACCACCAGUACCACCCCCCUGACCCCCCUGCUGGGCAGGAACCUGGGAUCCACCGCCCUCUCCCCGUAUCCCGCCGCCAUCUCGGGACUGCAGAGCCAGCGCGGGCGGCACGGCCCCCCGGCCCCGGAGAACUCUCCCGCCGAGCGCCGCGGGCUCGGCCCCCCGGACGAGAACUACCACAGCGACAGGGCUCGCAAGAGCAGGAACCGCUUGUCUUCCAGCUCCCAGCACAGCCGAGACCACUACCCCCUCGUGGAGGAAGAAUUCUCUGACUCGUACCAGGACUCCUACAAACCCCACCGGACCCGGGGGUCCCCCGGCGGGUACAGCCACGACUCGCGGCACCGGCUCUGAGCCACGGCCAGGAUUCAUCCCGUGAGAACCUCCCACAUCCCGUAGCUAGGAAUGAGAAUCGAGUCAUCUUCCUUUGGCAGGUGUGACGCCCGACGCUCCGGUUGCACUCUGCUCUCAUCCAUGUUAAUCAGGGGCGACCGAACCCCGCCCGGCCCUUCCGUUUCUGCCCGUCCAUAGGGGUUGUUUUGGGGGUUGUUUUUGGUUUUAAUACAUUUACUGCAUUUAUAGCCGUAUUUUUUUUCUCGUCGUUAGGUAUUAGACACGCCCGUUUGUAAUUUCGGGUACCUAUCGAGGCACUUAUAAAAUGAUUUCCUCUGCUGGAAAUUCCAAAUGACCAGUUCCAGUUGGAACCAAUUUAUAAACCAAUUCCUGUUGGAAUUUGGGUGAAUUGACUGGAAAGUCGACGUGAGCAUGUUGCAAACAAGUUGGGAAAAAAUAAAAACGAACAACAACAAACGUACAAAGAAAAAUCUGACAAUUAAAAAAAUCACUGGAAGCCAGAGAGUCAGCUUCCAGUAUUUGUCUGCUGGAAUUUCCACUUCCAGUUUAGAAUAAAAGGAUUUCUAUUCUGCUGAUUUCUUUCCAGGAUGGCUUUUUCACACAAACCAAAUGUAAACUUCUCGAGAGUGCCAAAUAUCACAAAUUAUUGCAGCAGUGACAAAACACUUUCCAGUUUGACGUUAUUUUUAGACCUGGCACGAAUGUUGCAGCCAAAUUCUUUAUUUUAGCCAGUCCUGAUGGUUUUGUCGGGACCAGCAGGGAGGAACUGAGACAGGAGAAGGGAAAUAGGAACAGGAAAAGGAACAAACUCCAUAGUUUGUGUGGUUGGAAGUUGGGAAUAGCCUUUUUUCCCUCUCGUUUACCUGAGUACAGCUCCGAGUCCCCAGAUGGGACAGGAGUGUAGAGACAUCCGAUUUUUUUCUCCCAUUUUGCUCCUGCCUUUUAAGUGGGAAACAGUCCCCUCCUCUUCCCCAGUGUGUGGAGUACCUCCAUUCCAGUACACCCAUGUUCCAUCUUCCCAAAUCCACCUGCGAAUGUCUGAAACUCCAGCGUCGCACGAGAACCCUCCGGAAGAUCAGGUUCCAUUCCCCUCAAGAAAUGCAGGGGAAGGGAGAGGGGUUAAACAGUCACCACAUACUGGUCAGAACUGCAAUAAAAAGGGAAUACCAGACGAAAAUCUGCUCCCAGGGAGAUCCUAGAGCUGAUUCAAAGCUUUGGAUUCCAUGAGAAAUCCUUGGAGAUAUUGCUGCCUUACUUCCUACCGGUCAUUUAUUCCACCAGUGUUGAGUUCCUUUAAACAGAUGAAUUUCUGGGAUUGGACCUUGUGUCUUACACGAGCAGUGAAGCCUUAGAUCCAAUGGGAUUGAAAACCGACCCCACCUGACCAUUUUGUACAACCAGAGCCUCCCGAAAUUCCCCACCUCGUGCAUUCCCUAAAAUUGACACAGUUGUGCUGAACUUGCAUUUUUUAUGCAGGUUCAUGGCAAAACUACUCAUUCUUUCAAGAAUGAGCAUCGUUAACUUUUCUAUUUGCUUGUUUUCCUCCCAAAGCCUGCUGAAGUCAGGCUUUGACAGCAUGUAGCACUAAUGGAAUUUCUGGAAUAUUAUGGUUUCUUCUUUCUGGACCAGCUGGCAAAGCCCACUGGUGUUUCCAGCAUCCUGGAGUCUCAUUAUCUUCUUGAGGUUAACGAGAGCAGUCUUUAAUCUCCCUUGUGGGACACCCCACACCGACACAUCUCCAGCAGCAUUGAAAGGUGGCAGAUGAUGAUUAAUUAUUUUUAAUAACUCCACUGUCCAACAGGCAGCUCCAGCCCCGCUGGGUGAUCCCAGGGGACCCGUUCCCAGGAUAAAAAUGGGAAUGUCUGCACCCACUGGAGUCACAGAGUUGGGAUGGACCUGCCAGCCCUGGUGCUGCCCAGUUUCCUCCACCUGAAGAUGCCAAAGGAGCUGAGGAAACACGGCAGGAUCCGGCCCGGGAGCAGCAGCUGCAGCUGCCUGCUCCAGCAUUCCCUGCUCCAGGAAUUGUCCAGCCCUUUUUCCAUGUACAGCCCAGCACUUGCAUGAGAAAGGAGGCCUUAGGCUGAACAUUUCUCUCUCAGCUUUGCCCAGUUCCCUGUUUGUGCAUCGGAGUCCUGAUGGCAGAGGAACUGUAGAACCCUCCCAGCAGCUGCUUCUCCUCCUCCUGCAGUAGCAUUAGGGAUCAUUAGGGGUCAUUAGGGGUCAUUAGAGAUCAGCUCAUUAACUGCUUGCAGAUAUUUGCAUAUUUGCAGGUCGCUGCCAAGCACCCACAUAGAUUUUUCUAGAGCCUUUUGGAGCCUUGUUUUUCAGUCUUCCAUGUCAGGCCAGGCAAGGGAAGGAUCCACACCUGCACAAACCCACCCCCUGAAGCAUCUCAAGUGCCAAAACUGCUCGGUUUGGAUAAAAACAAGCUUGUGAGGGAAGUCUUGGAUGGUCCUGAGGUCCUUCAUUACGUGGGCUUGAGUUGGAUUUACUCCUGUGUGUAAUGAAUUUCUCCCACUGCCCAUUCCAAAUUAAUACAGGGAACCAGUCAGGAGUGAUCCAGGUUUCCUUCCUUGCUGGGGAUUUUUGUCUUUUGAAAAUAGAUAUAUCUGUAAGUACAAAUAUACCAGCUGUGCUAUAGGUUCUGCAUUUAUUCAAAAUAGCCUCUGUUUUAAAAAGGGAUUUAUUUUUAGGACACACAGUAAUGAGUAAAAGCUGUGCUGGGGAUCAGUGUUUCUGUCAGAAUUCCAGCACUGCUGGAUUGGGAUUAGUGAUUUAGCCAACAAAGGUGAGAACAACAAUCUCUACAGACAAAAUUCGGUGUGUUCCUAUGUUUGGGAAUCACUUAACGAAGGAUUUUAAAGUUCUUAAACCCACUUUAAAGACAGUUAAUUGUUAAAUUUCAACUCCAGAUCCUUCCUCCUUUGGCAGGUUGUAUUUGACACGUUCAGGUUCUUUUACUGGUGCCAAACAUUUAUCCCAUGGGAUUUAUCCCAGCUGAAGAUAUUUGUAACUUUGUGUUCAGUUUGAUGCCAAAUCCUCUGAAUUCAGGUUGGUCUCAGCUCCACAGAAUUCCCUGAAACAUCCCAGGAUCUCCUGUCUUUCCUGACUUUACCAUUUCAGAAUAAUUUUGCUAAUCCCAUUGCUCCAUAUUCCACUGAUUUGGGUAAGUCAGGGCUUCUGAUACUCAUUUUUUCUUCAAUAAUGGAUUAAAUGUGUCCUCUGCUGUAUUUUCUUCCCCAAGUUCAGUCCUUCUGAAGCUUGUCCUUGAUUCUACAUUCCUGAUGGGUUUUUAAGGCAAAAUAAUUAGCCCAGUUUAUUUUAUAUAGGAAAGUAAAGGUGUGUCUUUAAAAAUAAAGGGAAACUUUAAUAAUGUUGUGAAAUAUAUGUAAGGAAUUAACUCGGAGAAAGAGCAAAAAAUGCUACUGAGGAUUGAAAUUAUAGGAUUGAAAUUUAAGAUUUCUUUCAUUACGUGUGGAAUCCACUCAAGAAUUGGAGUGUUGUCAUUAAAUCCAUACAGAGAAUUUGGGGAGAAGGUGGGAAUUCUGUAAAAUGUUACUGAGUGUGUCAUUCCUGUAUUCCUUUGGAACUGGGAGUAGCCUUGGCUUGGUGUCAGUGAUGGUUCAUAGACCUGCCUUUUCCCCCCAAAUUCCCACCUGGAGCAGAUCCUACUCCUGUCUUCUCCAGGAACAGGGUCUGACCAGAAAUGUCACCUCCUGACCAUCACCUGCCUUACCAAUAUUCCCUGAAAACCAGAAUGUACUUAAACUUAUCCCCCUUAUCCCCUCUGGUGUUAAUUCCCGGAGAGAGGAAAUCUCACGGACAGGACAAAAUAAUCUGUUUUUCCAACGGUGUAAAACCAGAGCGAGGAAAAAGAAGCACAUUUGUAAUAGCACAAAUUUCCAAGAAUCCCACUCCUGCCUUCGGCAUCGUGUUUCUUGGGAACCAGGGGGACAUUUUUUGACCCAGCAGCAGUGGAUUUAUGGCAUUUUUGUUCCCUUUCCUCGCUGCCUGAUCCUUCAGCAGUUGGUUUUGGCAUUUUGCACACGGGAUUGAUUUUUCAAUAACUUGUAUUCCUUCCACAUCAGUGAAUUAGUGACAGAAGCUUUCAAAAUCCGAAAGCCCAGUGCAUCCAUUUCUGCUGGAAUCACAUUAAUUCCUUCAGUUUUGGCCAGUGUGUAGAUUUUGGGUGUGACUGAGGAAUAUCCCACGAUGCACCAGUGGUCAGGAAUGAGAGACUCCCAGUAAAUUGUUGGGGCUACAGGGCUUUGAGGUGGGGGAGAGGAGAGUCCCAGCACCCAAAAAUUCCACUGAUAUUCCUGAGAAUUUCAAACCUAAAGGGAAGUGAGGGGUGUUGGGCCAAGGGCUGGGACACACCUGAGUCUCUUCUCGUGCAGAGAGGGAGAGUCAGCCAGGCCCUAAAUCACACCAAAUGCAAAUUUUGGGUGAGCAGAGGGGGGGAGAAGGAUGGGAACAGUCAUUCCAACUGCAAACUCUGCACCUUGGGCUUCUCAGACCCCGGAAAAUCUCCGUUUCUCAGCCAAACUGGGUCCCAGUGGGAGCUGGGCAGCGCUGCCUCCAGCCUCACUGGGAGCCAGUCCAGAGUCUGGUGAAGACACUACUGCCUUUACUGGGAAAAGACUUCCCCAAGUUGGUGUUUUCUGCUGGUUUGCCCUUUGUUUCCCCCAUAGAUCCUGUGUGUGUAGCACCCGACAAGGCAUGUGGGUCCAAUAUACUAUGCAAUGUGUACAGUGGUGCAUGCUCUGCUCUCCCUCUGCUUUUAGUGGCUUUCAAAGAAAAACUCCGGAAAAAAAAAAUAUUAUAUAAAAAUAAAUAAAAUAAAACUAAAGUGGUGUUAUUUUUGUGACCAGGAUCAUGCAGACUUGCAUGCCCAUAGUAUCCUCAUUUCUAUGGAUUCGUUUUCUGGAAUUUAGAUGUACAAAGAUGAACUGCAUUACAAUUAACUUUUCUACAAUAAAUGAGCCAAAAGUACAAACCGUU